CGGGGCGCAUGCGCAGUGUGCGGUGGGGAAACGGAAGAAUCGCGCUCACCGCGCAUGCGCAGUGGCGCCCGGUUCGGAUUUUUUUCGCGGGAAAGAAAGUGCUCGGUUUCUUGGGGUUCCCACAGCGAAAAGGCGGUCGCUUAAAGGAUGUCUCAAGACACAGACCUGUCCCUCACGCCCCCCGUCUCCCCAACCUUCGCGGGCCACCACCGCCCCGAAGAGUCCUUCGAGUUCCCAUGGGUGCCCUGGUUCACGUGCCCGCCGGGCCACACUGACAAAUCCGUGGACUCCUAUCUCGCCAACGACGCACUCAAGAGACUCUUCCUGCGGUUGGACCCGGCUCCGACGGCGUUCGAGGUGGACGUCUCGACGCUGUUCGGCUUCGCGUUUGUCACGGAGACGGCACUGGAGGAGAAAUCCUCGCUUCUCUUCGGUCUCCUUCGGCAGGCCAUCAUGAAACUACAAAACAUGAGUCAUAACAACAUCCUAGACUUCGGGCAGCUCAAAGGAAUUCACUGUGAAGCUGAGGGCAUUCGGAAGGAGUGCGUGAAGUUCAUGCUGUAUGUCCGCAUCUGCAUUUAUCGCUGGCUGGAUGUGUGCACCCCACACACAGUCAGCCCUCUACAGGACUCCCUCCCGUCCCGUGUGCUUGUAGAGCUGAGCUCCUUGCUGCAGCACCUGGGAUCACUGGGUGACUUCCCCGUUCACCAGCCCUCCGCUAAGGUUUAUCCUCCGUCCUGGCAUUUAUUCCACCUCAACUUAGACAUGAGAUGGGCCUGCCUGGACAUUUUAUAUCGACUUCAGGAGAAAACAGCAGGUAUCCAGCCAUAUAGAUUUGACUGUGAAACACCCAGCUCGUUUAUUGAUGACCUGGUUCGUUCGUUAAUGACCGACCUCGUUCAAGUUGCCGUUAAUAAACACAACAAGCUAACGCCAUUCGAAGAGGUCACUCAGGACCCGUUUCCCUGUGGCUGCGUGCGAGAGAUGUGGACAAUGGUUCUCAUAUUCCUCAAUCAUCGACACAAAACGUUCCUCACCCAGCCAUUCUGGGCCGAGUUCUCUCUCGCACUUGGACACGCGACACAGGGAGGAGGAGGAGGAGGUGGCGAUGGUGGUGGAGGAAGGGGAGGCGUGGUGGAGGGGUUGAGGGGAGCGAGGGAUCCCCUCGCCAUGGGCGUUUGGCUGCUGGCUAACGUCGCGUCACUUGGGGCGAAGGCGACGCGGGGAGGGGAGGAGGAGACGUUUCAGAGUAAUUGGCCGCUGAUGGAGGAAUUCCUGAGGAAGUGUUUCGAUUCACAGCACUGCCAGAGAGAGGAGUGUCUCCGAGCCAGCCUCAUCCACACGCUGUCCCUGUGUGACCUCUGGGAGCCGAGCGUGGCUGUGGUCGCCUUCCUGUGGGAGUUCUACAGCAAGCGGCUGAACGAUCUCUUCAACGUGCCGAGGCUCGGCCUGCAGGGAUUGGUCAACGCCACCACCUCACCUGCGCUCCAAUUAGCCGAAGUCCGGGCGUGCUGCCCGCUAAGCCCUGCCCACCGUGCCAAUUCCAUCCAAUCACGGAGCAGCUUCCAACUCUUCGUGGCCAUCCUUUCUGGCUACCUGAUUGGUCGAUGUGGGAGACCCGGUAUGCGAUCGUGGGCCCAGAUCAAGGGCAGAAUUUACUCCAAAUUCCAUAAGCGGCGGAUGCAGGACCUCGGCGAGGCCGGCAUCCACAACUUCGUGCGCCUCUUUCUGUCUAUCGCGGUGGCCGUAGCGGAACGGCAAGAGACGUCGCAGGCUGCGGAGGAAGGGGCGGCUGAGUCGGACCUGCAGGAAGUGACGUCACGGAUGUUGGAGCUGCUCGACCUGGUGGAUGCGGACUCGAUGGCCGUGCGUCUCGCCGUGUGGAGAGGCCUCUUCUCGCUGUGCCACCUGCGCUGUGACCCCACCGCGGUGGCCCCUGCGCUCCUCUCCGUGCCGUCUCGCCUCUGCUCGGAGCUCGGCUCGUUGGUCGCGGCCCCCCCCCCCGUGCCCCGUGGCGGUGGCGGCGGGGGGCCGUGGUGGCCCGUGGUGGCCUCCUACCUCGAGUGGACGCGCGACGCGCUCGACUCCGGCCCGGGGUGGCGGCCGUGGCUUGCGGACCUGCUCGCCGGAGGCCUGGCCGACGCCCUCAGGGCCGCCGCCGCCAGCAGCCGCGCCAACUGGCAUGAGGGCCUCAAGUUCCUGUGCGACGUCGUCGCCACGAUGAGGGAUUGUGCAGCUGGGAGGCACGGAGACACGGGGGGACAGGAGGAGGCGGUGAGGGCUGUAGCUGGUGCCGUGUGGAGGUGGUGUUUGCCAGUUGUCAGCCAAACCCGGCGCUCAGAUUCUGCCUCGGAGCUCACGGCUGACGUAGCCGCAGGCCUCACGCUGUUUGCGGUGGAGAGCGGAGACCUGGUCCCGGAUUGCAACCCGCGGACGGCAGCUUUGCUGCUGCGCGAUUUCGCGUGGGACGAGGGUCUGCCUCCGCCACUCGCCUGUCGCUUCCUCACCCACGUCAUCCCCAACGGGUCCCUGAGGGGGGUGGAGGCUGCUGAGGAUGGGGGACCUGGGUUCGACUCCCUUUGUGUGCGCGUGUGGAUUCGCUGUGUGCUGUACGCACCCACGGCCGAUGCGGACGUGGAGCAGCUGCAGGAGUUGACACGCCAGGUUCUACGCCUGCCCGAGGUGGUAUCGCUCAUGGUGGGGGCGGGGCAGGGGGCCCAGCCUCCCUCCCUCCCUUCUUACGGAGCCGCCGACCCUCAGCUGAAACUCUCGCAGCUCUUCCAGGGCGUGGGCCGCGCGUUCUCCGAGGCCGCGUCUCUGGGCGAGCGCUCGGCGCUGGCGUCGCUGCUCCUCGCGUGGCUGCCCGACCUCCCCCAACGCGUGCGCCCAGCGGCGGGCCCCAGGGCGGCGCCAGCCAAGAGCCUCGCCGCCUACCGGCUUUGCGGCUCCCUGGUGAGCCACUGCUCCCCCCUGCUGGCGAUCGGACGGCUGCAGCCGAUGCUCUUCCAGCUGCUGGACACUCUGCUGCAGCCCGGCGUGCUGAUGCAGCCGGGGAGAGAGGCUCCCCCGGGCAUCGUUGCCGCUCUCACCGGCACCAUGGCGCUGUUCCUACAGGGAAUGUCACGCAUCUUCUCUCAGCUUCCCUUCCUGCCGAAGAUCCUCUCCACUGUGGUGCGGCUGUGGUUCCACCGCCUGGGCCCCCCUUCGCUGUGCCCCCCACCGGGCCCCCCAGGGCCCCAACCAAACCCCCAAAACUCCCCCUUCCUCGCAGCGCUCGCCCCCUCCUUUCGCUCGCCCGUGGAGACGCAGGUCGCAGCCUUCCGGAAGCACCUGGUGGUGAGCGUUAGGGACCACCACCUGCAGUUCCGCGCGGGUUCUCCCCCUCCGCCGCGCCUGGCGCACACGCUCUGCUUCCUGCGCGACGUCUUCCAGCGGAGCCGCGACGCCUCCUGCAGCGCCGCCGACGUCCCCUCACUCCUCCCCUCGGCUCUCCGAGCCCUCGUUCACGUCCACGAACCUGCCGUGCGGUCCCUGGCAUCCGAGCUGCUCUCUGCGAUGAUGGAGACGGUCCAGUCCCACUCGGACAUCGUCUCCGUCUCUUCCCUCCUCCCUCCCCUCAGUGAAUUUUUGAGGGAGGGCAUGGCUGUGCAGCCCGUGGCCUCUCUCGGUGCCCUGCAUGCCCUGAGCCCUGCCCUUCUGAAGGAGGCCUUGCCCGCAGUGGCCGAGAUCCUGCGGGAGAGCGAACGAAAGUCGGGAUUAGGCCGUGAGCUGUCGGUCAGGCAAGCCUAUUCCACUCUCCUCUCCUCGCUGGGAGAAGUCGAUCCGGAUGAUGACAUCACAAAUCUUAACUCUCAGGACUCGACCAACUGAGGCACUUCGCCUCCUCCCCACCAAACAAAGUUACACUAUAAACUGUUUUAUAGUUUAAACGAUAAACAAUGUUUGUAUUCACCAGGUAACAGCCCACAUAGCUCCUUUUUAGAAGCGUCCAACCGGGCCACAACAAACGAUAGCUCAGUAUGCGAACAUUUAUAGCAGGAGCCAAAUACUCUUCUGCGUGUGACGUCGAUUCCAAAUGUGGUUGGGGUGAGGGGGAAACCAGGAGGACCCGGAGAAAAAA